AUGCUUGAUCGCUGGCUGUCAAAGAUACACUUCGCACGUACACUACGAAGCGCAGCAUUCGAGAAUCAUCAGCUGAGUACUGUGGAAGCAUUACUGGGCACACCGGAACGAGAUAAAGAUAUGAUGUUAUUGGGAAUGCUGACACAGAAGAGCCCGAAAUUCUAUGAAAUUGAAGAUCUGACAGGUACAAUGCGGGUGGAUCUUCGAGAGGCGAAAUUUUACAGGGGCUUAUUCACGGAUGGAUGUAUCAUGCUUAUGCAGGGGCGAUGUUCUGGUGGUGUAUUUCAUGUCAGUGCAAUCGGUCUUCCGCCUACUGAGAGUGCCAAAAUAACGCGAGGUUAUUUUGGGACGGUAAAUUGGUUCGGUGGAGAAAGUACAGUUGCAUAUUGCGCACAGCCAAAACUUCGUGCAUUGUGCGAGAGAAACAACUCGACAAGAUUCGUUAUUAUUUCGGAUGCAUGGCUGGAUGAGCAGAGGGUUAUGUUUACGUUGUGUUGGAGGACUAAAUGUGGUAGGCGAUGUCCAUGCAUAAUUGUUAGCUUCUUUCAGGUGUUACAAGGUAUCAGCGAAUUGGUAUAUGCCUUUACAGAUUCCCAGCUACUUGUUUUUGUGAUCUGUGGAAAUUUCUGUUCUCCGGUUGGUGCACCUAACGUCUAUCAGCGCAUUGCAGGUCGUCUUACUGUUUUAAUUUUCGGAGUUAUUUGCGUUUACAGCUGCUUUGUACAACGUACUAAAGAGAGAACUGCUUGUGAUACGGGCAACACAGCGAUCUCUACAAUUGUUCAGGCCUGUUCUGUGCUCCUUCCGACUGCGGCAGUGAGACUCCUUUGCUCUUGUUUUUACGAAAGAAUUCUUUUGGUGUUUCACGAACUAAGUUUUUUCUUUUUUUUCAAGUAA